AAUUACAAUUUUAUUUCAAUUUACACAACCCGGCGAAUUUUUGAGAUGCCUUUUCUGUGGCUAUAAAGGAUCGCUGACAAGGACACGCGGCAAAACCACACAUGACAUAUCUCGGGCCCAUGGAUAACGAUGUACGCCCCGGACGACUUCCGCGCGUAUCGAAGGGCGCGGACAGCCUUUUCAGCAAAGGUUUAUGGACUGCUGAUCCUUUGGCUGGUUCUGGCCCUAAUCCAAUGGAUGGUUGUCUGCCUUAUAGAAGAUGCACGAUCGGCUUUCAGGAAAUACUGGUACAUAUCCUUGAUAGCCUUUGCCCUGGCCAUCCUGCUUUUAGCUAUAUUUAUAUUUGCUGAUGGGCUGCGAUUUAUGCAGUUUCUAAAUUUUAUCAUAUCGCUGCUUAUUGUGGAAUUUCAGAUUAUUGCAACGUUCAUUCUGGUAGUGCUCAGUUGGUGGGCGGACGUACUUGUCUUUUUUGUAGUGGCUGCAGCUUUGAUAUUUAUAUUCCUGCUAAUUGGAAUAAUACUGCCGCGAAGGGUGGAUCUAACCCUGGACAUUGCGGUGCUCUUUAUAAUAGCAUUCAUUUUCCUAAUUAUCGCCGUCUUUGUACUGACGCUCUUGGUGUGCAUAUCGUUCCCAAGGAUGUAUACAUAUCUGGUGGUGGAAUUGGCCGUAACCCUAACAAUCUUGCUGUUUGUAAUAUACCAUGCCCAAACCAUUCAUGGGAAUCGAUUUGCUGAGAUGCGACUGAACGAUUUCUUCCUGGGAUCUCUAAUAUUAUUCCAUGACUUUCUCAUCAUUUUCUGGCUGACAUUUUACUGGCAAAUUCGUCAUAGAUUCAUAACGCCAGAUAGCUGGAUAGCGUCCUCGCAUUCUCCCGAUGAAAAGAUAAACCAGCUUGGCAAAAACUUGGAGACUUGGCCAAUUGAAACUAUUUCACUGAGCAAACCUGGGACGACGGCAAAGCCGAUGACUAUGGCGAGCCGGAAGAACCGGAUCGUUCUCCUGUUUCGAACGAGGAUCAGGACGAGGACAGCUCUCAGCAUCGUCAGAUUACAAGAAAAAAGGACAGCGGAAGUCGGGCCUACGAUAGAAGAAAUCAGAGAAAGCACACCACAAGCACAACUCCCUUGGAUUGGUCCGUUUUCAAAGGAAGAACUAAAGCAAGUCGCUUCACCGAUGAUCCACCUGCUCCGCAAAUUCGAAAGCCUGUCGAAGGAUUCAAGAGUCCUGGCGUCCUGUACAAGGUUUCGCCAGUUGACGGCAGCAAAUUUCCCCCGCCAAAGGAUAAAGUUCCGGAAACGCCUAAAGAAGACUUUAGACCGCCGAAGAGAAGGUAUGGAUCAGAAUUUGAAUAUGGAAUUGCCAAAGGAAAAAAGAAAGUUGGCUUUGGCGAACCAUCUGUCAUUUUUCCUGUGUCAGAUCCCCCAUCAAAUAUUGAUCCUGCCAGAGCUGAAUGGGACGAAAUGAUAGAUAAGCCCGAACAAUAUCCAGAGGAACAAGAAAACGGAACUUUGGCUGGGAGACCCAAUCUGGAUCCUGCCCCGUCAAAUGUUGAUCCUACUACAGUUAUAUGGAUCGAACCGACUGAUAAGCCCAAUAAAUUUGGACAUUAUCCGGAAAAACAAGAAAACUCAGGAGAAAUGCAUUUAGAAAAUGCAACGGCAGCCAGGAAACCCAAUUUAAUGGACGAUGAAAUGCAGGGAUUUAAAGGCACCGAAAAAUCACAGCCAGACUGGGAGCUCUUGAGCCAAGAGCAACUAAGGAAUCUAUCGGAUUCGAAAAAGCAUCGAGUAAAGGAAAAGAAAAGGAAAAAUCCACAUGCUGAGCCACUAACUACAAGUAUCUACGUUCAAACACGAGUGCCAGACUACGAAAAACUUGCAAUGAAUGACACUUUUGUUGACAAUUAAAAUGUGGUUUUAAAUAUGCUGAUAAUAUAUAUAUAUAUACUGAUAAUGUAUAUAUAUGAAUUAUUUGGCCAACCAUAAAUCGUAUUUGCUCGUCAUUUA